AUGCACCAUGGGAACGGACCUCAAAAUGCCCAACGCCAGCUCCAGAGGUCGCGGUCCUUCACCGGCAGCGAGAGUGAAGAUCAGCAGGCAAACCUGCCGCAGUCCCCUGCAGCGUCGUUUGCUCCUUCCGCCAGCCCAUCCGCGCCACAGUCUCCCAGUUACCAAAUCCAACAAUUUAUAAUGAGCAGAAGCCCCGUGGCUGGCCAGAAUGUUAACAUCACCUUGCAGAACGUUGGCUCGGUAACAGCAGGAAACCAGCAGAUCACCCUGACCCCUCUGCCCAUCCCAAGCCCAACAUCCCCGAGUUUCCAGUUCAGUCCUCAGCAAAGGAGGUUUGAGCAUGGAUCACCCUCCUAUAUCCAAGUCACUUCGCCGUUGCCCCCUCAGGUCCAGUCCCAAAGCCCCACGCAGCCCAGCCCCAUGCCGGUUCAGUCCAUUUCUAACGUUCGGACGGGGACCCCGGGCCCCGGCUUGGGCAUGUGCAGCCAGAGCCCGACGCGAGGCUUCGUGGACACAAGUGUGCUCGUCAGACAGAUCAGCCUGAGCCCUUCGAAUGGCGGGCACUUUGUGUACCAGGAAGGAUCCGGCAUUGCCCAGCUCUCUCAAGGCGCCGCAGCUCAGGUGCAACUUUCCUCUCCCGGCGCGCCUGCCACGGUGAGAGAGCGCCGGCUGUCGCAGCCCCACUCGCAGACCGGAGGCACCAUUCACCAUCUUGGACCGCAGAGUCCCGUCGCCAGCGGGGCAAACAUCCAGCCUUUACCGAGUCCCGGUCACAUUACGACAAAUAACCUGCCGCCGCAAAUUAGCAACAUCAUCCAAGGCAUGCAGCAACAGCAGCAGGUCCUGCAAGGGCAGCAGCUGAGCAGACCUUUGGGGUAUGACAGGACUCCUGGCAGUCUGAUCGCUGGCGUGGGAGGACCGCCGACGUUUGGGAUGACGUCGCCGCCCCCUCCCACCAGCCCUUCCCGAGCCAGCAUGGCGCAGGGGCUGACGAGCCUCCCCCUUGCUCCCUCCGUGUGUGCCGUGGUGAAGAAGCCGAAGAAGCUGGAGGAGAUCCCCCCUGCGACUCAAGAGACCGCCCAGAUGAGAAAGCAGUGUCUGGAGCAGCACCUCAAGCAUAUGGAGAUCUUGAAAGAAACUUUCAAGGAGUACCUCAUCGAGUUGUUUUUCCUGCAGCACCUCCAAGGGAAUAUGAUGGAUUUCCUGGCAUUUAAAAAGAAGCUCUGUAUGCCAUUGCAGGCGUACCUGAGGCAGAAUGACCUUGAUUUGGAGGAGGAGGAGGAGGAGGAGCAGUCUGAAGUUAUCAAUGACGAGCAGGUGCAUGCAGGGGCUCCAGUAACAGGAACGGUGAAUACCAUAGAAAUUGAAGCUUUUAAGAGACAGCAAGCACUUUCUUCAGCAGAUUCGUCUAAGAGACCACGAAUUGAAGUGGGCCGUCAUGGGAUGGUUUUUCAGCAUCCAGGCGUGGCUUCAGGAGUCCCUCUUCAACAGCUCAUGCCAACAGCGCAAGGAGGAAUGCCUCCCACCCCUCAAGCAGUGCAGCUGACCGGGCAGAAGCAAAGCCAGCAGCAGUACGACCCUUCCAAGGGCCCUCCCGUGCAGAACGCAGCAAGUCUGCACACCCCUCCGCCGCAGCUGCCGGGGAGGCUGCAGCCCACCAGCAUCCCCAUCACGUCUCACCCGGCUGCCCUGCAGCUCACCCAGCAGCAGCCCCAAAUCACGGAAGCUCCGGUCCAGCCUCAGGUCCACGUGAAGGCCCCGCCGCAAACCCUAUCCGUCAGCACAGCUGUGCCGCACAGCCAGGUUCAGACGCCACUGCAGCAGCAGGUACAGCCAGCGGCGCACAUCCAGGGACCUGUCACAGCACAAAUAUCCCAACCACAAGCUCCAGUCCAGCAGCAGACUGUGACCCUGGCGAGAACAUCUGUGGACUCUGUCCAAAAUUCCCAGCGUCUUCCGGCAAGCACCCUUCCUCCUACCUCGUCCAACCCACCGGCAGCCAUUUCCACUACGGCCCCACAGUCCACCUACCCAGCCCAGACCAGCCGGACCUCGCCAGCCACAAACAAGUCUGCGUCUCCUGUUGCCUCGAAGCCCCCAGGUUUGGCAGUGACCGCAGCACCCAAGACCCAGGGUCCAGCUCAGAAUACGACCGUUCCGCCACAGGACAGCUCCCAAGAGAAGCUGGCAGAGCAAGUUAAAUUGGAAAACCAAAUCCACCAACGAAUAGCAGAGCUGCGAAAAGAGGGGCUGUGGUCUCUGAGACGGCUGCCCAAACUGCAAGAGGCCCCGAGACCCAAAUCUCACUGGGACUACCUACUGGAAGAAAUGCAGUGGAUGGCAACUGACUUUGCCCAGGAGCGGAUGUGGAAGAGGGCAGCGGCGAAGAAGAUGGUCCGAACUGUGGUUCGUUACCAUGACGAAAAGAAACUGAACGAAGAGAGAGCCAAGAAAGAGGAACAGAACAAGCUCAGGCGUAUCGCUGCCUCGAUUGCAAGAGAAAUUGAGUACUUCUGGUCUAAUAUUGAGCAGGUUGUGGAAAUAAAGCUGCAGAUUGAAUUUCAAGAGAAAAGGAGGAAAGCAUUAAAUUUAAAGAGGCGUUCAAGGAGAGGCAAAGACACAAGGCAUCUGGAAGACAUUCUGCUGGAUAAAGGAAGUGACUUGGGUUCUUGGUCGUCUGGAAGGAAGAGAAAGGCAAGCGCCUCGUUGACCGAUGACGAAGUUGAAGAUGAAGAAGAGACCAUUGAAGAGCAAGAAAUGAAAGAAGGGAAUGUAAACCAUCAAAUUGAGCUGUCCAAUUUGGCCAAGGAAGCUGAACUGCCUUUGGAUGAUUUGGUCAAGAUGUAUGAAGGCGCCUUUGCUGACAGCUUCCAUUGGCCCCAGCCGAAGCGUGACAAUGAGGAAGAGACUAGUGAAGAAG